ACUAGCGAGAGCAAUGAAAAACGAGGAGAUAAGCAUCGAUAGACAGUGUAGUGCCCCUUCACAGCAAGAUGAAGCUGAGAAAAAACCUGAUCCAACCAUAGUUUAUCGUACAGUGACUAAAACUGCACAUAGUAAGAGAUCUAGAAGUGUACUUCUCCACAAGGUGGGUCCUUCAAGUCAAGAUGCCUCUCAAGGUAAUCAGAAGGUGUUAAACUCUUGAUUUAAGAGCCCGGGUAAGCAAAGUAGUCCGAUAAAUAAGCCACGAAUAAAUUUCAAGAAGCAUCACUACAGAAAGAGUUCGAAUUUCAAUGCAAGUAGUAGAGCCCAAAGCUUUACUGAAAAGAAGGAGGAAGCAUCUGAAAGUCCAGGAAUUCAUAAUUUUGAUUUUGAUAAGAACUUUGAAGAAUUAGGCACAAAUUCCAUAAAAAUAGAAUCUAAGAAUCCCAGCCAAACAUUCGCAAUAAAUGCAAGCGUAGUGGUUAAUAUCUUAGACAUUAGAGAGAAACAGCUUAGUCAUGCAAGAAUUGGCAAACUUUCAACUUCAAAGAUACAUAGAAAUAUUUCAGCUCAGAAGUCCAAGCUCAACAGGAAAAAGUUUAAGCAUGAACCCUCGUUUAAUAUCAGGAGACUACAUGCAACUACAUAUAAGGCAGGCUUUGUUAAGACUAGGCCCAAGAUCGAAGAUCUUGGGCCUCAGAGAGCAGAGACUUACUUCCAUGUCACGCAGGCGAUAAAUAGCUCUCAAAAUCUGGCAAAUCCCAAAAUUUCUCCGACUAAAAAUACUAGAGAGGGUCAUAAGGCAAUCUGUAGUACAAAAUCGAUUGAAAAGGCUAAGAAAUCAUCAUGAAUUAGACAAAUGGAGAAGAUCUUGAAAUCUUCAUCUCUUGCUCACCAUAAAGACCUUCAAAUGAAAUAUAUUGCUCAUAAAACCUCAAAAUUUCCAUUUAAAUUACUCAGAUUUCUGAAAACCCAAAGUCAGCUUAAACCAGAACCUCCAGAGAUGAAGAUCAUAGGAGAAAAUAUAUCAGAAGUCUUAAGAAACACUUUUGUGCAGAGAGCGCUGAACACAGCUUCUGAGCUCCCUCAAAGACAAGUCACCGAGCCACUUCUUAAGAAAGAAAUUUUGGAAGGAAAACAAAGCUCUGAUGUUGAUGAAAUAUUACACCUAGAGAACUCUAGAGAUAAAGAUAUUGAUAGAAGUAGCACACAAGGAAUCAGCCAUUUGAUUCAGAGGGAGAGUGACACAGACAUUGGAAAGAUAACUGAAGGGGCUCAUGCAACAAAAAGUUCAGACAUGGCAAUCCUAAAUAAAAGUAAUGACAAAAGAGAAGCAUCCACAUGUCUGCAUUCCAAGAAAAUGAAAUUUGGCAAGAAUAAAAGUCCUUCUAAGUCAAAGAAAGGACUAAAAUCUCCUUACAGAGGAAGGAACAUUCCUGAGAUAUACCACACAAGUAGCAAGACUUUCUCCACUGAGUUUCAGCAGUCAGUUGAAAUUCCUUACUCUGAGGUCACUAAUCCGAUAAAGUUCUUCUGUGAGAAUUCCAAAAUGGCUGAUUCUAUUUAUAAAAUAUCAGAUAAAAGCUCUAAAAGAUCGAUCAGGUCAAAGGAUAAUGAAAUGCAUACACCUCCUAAGGAUACAACAAGGACGAACCAGCCCGUGAUAGUUGUCCAAAGCAAGAAGGAAUCCAAAUAAAAUAUCCAGAAAAGGCUUAAGAUCAGGCCUCUUUGAAUCUAUUUCCAAAAGUUUUACCGAUGCUGUCAGGAAGCAGACUCCGCAGAAAUCUCUCGGGUAUCAAACUAUGAACGGAUUUUAUAGGCAGAAAAGCUCCAGCAGUCUUGGUCCUAGAACUAAAAAUGCUGCUAAAGGCAGCAUUAAACGCAACUACAGCGGCAGGAAGAUUUAUAAUAAUGAAAAUCAGCAUUGGAAAGGGCUGAAUCAGACUCAGAAGCUAUAUUCUCCCCAGAAAUUUAUUCCCUCAAAAGACAGUUAUAACGAAGCAAUGAAUAUCACCGAUUAUGAUAGUAAAACUAGGGCUGUACACUCGAGCUUCUCGGUAGGGAAGAUAUACAUCUCAAAGAAAAGAAGUUUCAACAGCAAAUCCAGCUUGAUUAGAGAUAAAAAGCAGAAAUAUUUCACCAAUAAUCUUAGUAGCCAUGGGAGCCAAGAAUAUAGUGCUAAUUAUGGGACAAAUAAUCUUCCGAGGUCAUAUAACAAAGCCAAGCUUGCCUUUCAGAAGUACUCUAAGCUAGUGAAGGAGUCUGGAUGGGAGAUCAAAAAGAAUGGCUUCAAGUCUGUGACAAACACUUAG